AUGGCCCGUAACAAGAAUCCCACGACCCAACGGAACUACGUCGUCAGGCUUAUCAAAAUAGGCCUCAAGUGGCUUUCGCACACGAGCAACGUCAGUCAAGCGGAGAUUCAGGAGAUGAAACAGACAUUGGAGCAAAUCGAGGCGGAAGCUACGGGCGACCGCAACCUACUUGCAGUGGCUAUGGGUGACUUGACGCUCGAGGACGUCGAGAAUAUCUUCGGCCUCAAGAAGUUGACUCCAAAAAAUGAGCAAAAAGGCGACAAGUGGAAUCUAGUGCCCUUUAAUCCCAAAGACGUACCAGAUUCCGAAGACUUUGAGGCCUUCUACGACCUCCUCUGCCAAGCCCUCCAAAACCUGGAUUUUGCCAAUCAUGACUCCACAAGAAGCGAGGCUCUGGUGCAUACGCGUCUCGACAUGUUAUUAGGUUUGGUCCUGGGAUGGGCUAAAGAAGAUCGUCGAAUAAUCUUUGGAAAUUCAGUGUCCUGGGGUUACGAGACCCCAUUUCACGUGGUUAUCAAGAUGAACGCUAAGAAGAAGAUGUUGUGCGGCCGUCCAGACUACGCGCUCUGGUACGGAGCGCAGGCGAACGUCGAGACAAACCUAGUUAUUGUGGAAGCCAAGACCAGCGAUGAGAUCGGCAAGGGCGAGCGUCAGGUGCUCGCAUACAUGGGCCUUGUCCAUGCCGGCCGUAAGGAGCGUGGCAGGGAAGACACGACUGUCUACGGUAUUGCUACGGAUUGUAUUAAGCUUUUCUUUUACCAGGUCAACGAUAGCAGCAAGUGGUGUUCCACGAUCCUAAUCUGGGGUCAAACCGAAAAAGAGGACGAAACCAUAGUUGCUAUGCUUCUUCGGAUAAUGAAGUUGGCGCCAAAUCAAUCUCCGACACAUACCCGGGAGAAUACCUCCCAGAGCCAUCAAUUCAGUAGCUCGGCCGGCGAGGACAUCCCCAUGCAAGGCUGCUAG